AUGGGAUCGAAUGGUCGAUUAUUGGAUAUGGAAAUGCCGGGGGAUGAUCUCCAACAAGGUCAGAUGGGUCAUCCAUUAAUGACCCAUCAACCCCUUGAGUUACAUCCCAUGAACAUGAUGAGUGGCAUUGAGAAUGAGCAACCACUAGGGUUUGUAGAGGCGAAAGGGUUGUCGUUGAAGGGAAUGUCAAUGGAUUUUGGUAAGGGGAAGGGAAUAUCUCUUGGGCGUUCGCUUAGUAAUAAUACGUCUAGUGAAGAUGAGGAGCCAAGUUAUACAGGGGAUGGGAAUGGUGAGAACUGUAAUGUGGGAAAGGAUAAAAAGGAAUCUCCUUGGCAACGAAUGAAGUGGACUGAUAACAUUGUUAGACUUCUAAUAGCAGUUGUAGCUUCUGUUGGGGAUGAGGGCAUGUUUGAUGCUAAGGAUGGGUUGAAGAGGAAAUCUGGAAUGUUGCAAAAGAAGGGGAAAUGGAAAAUGGUUUCAAACAUUAUGAUUAGUAAUGGUUGUUGUGUUUCUCCUCAACAAUGUGAGGACAAGUUCAAUGACUUGAAUAAAAGAUACAAGAAGUUGAAUGACAUUCUUGGUAGGGAAACUAGUUGCCAAGUGGUGGAAAAUCCGUCUCUAAUGGAUGCCAUGCCGCACUUGACAGAAAAGGCGAAGGAUGAGGUAAAAAAGAUAUUGAGUUCAAAACAUCUGUUUUAUCGGGAAAUGUGUGCUUUCCAUAAUGGUCAGAGAAUACCUGGCUGUCAUGAUAUUGAUUUACAAGCUCAUAUAAUGCCUCUGGCUACCCAUCCAAAUGAAAACAAUGUUUCUGAGGUGCAUGAAGCUGAUGAAAAUUACGAGUCAGACAGUGAUGAGUCGUAUGAAGAUGAUGAAAAGAAUGUUGAUAUCAAAUCUGGAAGGAUGGAGGGUUAUUAUGCUAGAAGCAACGUGAAUGGAGGAAGCUCUAAUUUCUCAUUGUUGCCUGGCAGGCAGGACUGUUAUAGAGUGGAAUUGGAGUCCAUGUUUCAAGAUGUGGCAAAAUCUCCUGCAGAACAAAGAUCAUUGAUUCAGCAACGAAUGUGGCAACUUGAGGUGGAAAAGGUCAAGUUGGAGGCUGAGGCACUUGAUCUUGAGAAACAGCGGCUUAAAUGGUUGAGAUUUCGCAGCAAGAAAGACAGAGAGCUCGAGAGAUUGAAGUUGGAGAAUGAAAGGGUGAAACUAGAGAGUGAUUGGAUGGUCUUGCUGCUUAAGCAGAAGGAAAUGGUGUUAGGUAUGCCAAAAUCAGAAAUGUCGUUGGAGCCCAUAUCCCUGAGCAUUGAUAGAUUUCAAGGAAGAGAUGGAAUCAAAGCUGAUAGGCAUCUGUAG